AAUGGACUUCACAUUCAACAGAAAAAUAAAAAAAACAAACAAAAAAAAACGGUUGGCUAAGAAGUAAUGAGAGAAGCUUUGGUGAUACUUCCAUCUUCGUCGAUUACUCUCCCGCCCAACUCCUCCCCUACUCCGCCGCCGCACCACCGUCACUACCGCCGCACCACCGCCAAGCCCAAACGAAAGCCCACUCAUACUCCGUCUCAUUUCACUUCAUCCAUCACGACUCCUCAAUCUCCGCUCCUAUCCUCAUUCCGAUGGGAUUCCGCUUCCGCUUCAGGUAGCUGUAAUGGUCUUAUAUACUAUGCUGAGUUGGCGUCUAAGCUAGCGCAGGAUGGGAGGUUUGAUGAUUCGUUGAUGAUCGCGGAGAGUGUUGUGGUUUCUGGAGUGAAUGCGGAGGAAUUCACAGCGUUGUUGAAUGUGAAGCUUGUUUCCGGUGGGAUUGUUCGAUUGCUUGAGGAAAGGAAGGUAGGGAGUGUUGUUGAGCUUCUGAAUGGUGCUCAGCAGCUUGGAAUUGAUCCUUCGAAGCUUCUUGAUGAAGAUUCAAUAAAUGCCCUUUCGCGAGAGUGUAGACGGACUAUGCAAUGCAGCGAAAUUGAGGAAGUUGUGAGCUUGAUGGAAACACUUAGAGGGUGUGGUAUGCCAAUAAAGGAUUUGGUGAAGCCGUCUGAGAUUCUAAGACUUUGUGUCAGCCAAAGAAAGCCAAAUGCAGCAGUAAGGUAUGCACAUAUCUUUCCACACGUGGACAUUAUGUUCUGUACCAUAAUUCUUGAAUUUGGGAAGAAAGGCGAUUUGGCGUCUGCUCUAACUGUCUUUGAAGCAUCCAAGCAGAACCAGGACACCCCGAAUUUGUAUAUUUACCGCACAGCAAUAGAUGUUUGUGGUCUUUGUGGUGACUACUUGAAGUCCAGGUCCAUAUAUGAGGGGUUGAUAGCUAGCAAGUUUACACCAAACAUUUAUGUCUUCAACAGCCUCAUGAAUGUAAAUGCAUGUGACUUGAGUUACACCUUGGACAUAUACAAGCAAAUGCAAAAACUAGGUGUUCCGGCUGACUUGACAUCUUACAAUAUCCUUCUGAAGUCAUGUUGUCUUGCUACAAGAGUUGAUCUGGCCAAAGAAAUUUAUGGGGAGCUAAAGCAUUUAGAAAUGGCAGGAGCAUUGAAAUUGGAUGUCUUCACGUACAGCACUUUAAUUAAGGUAUUUGCAGAUGCAAAAAUGUGGCAGAUGGCACUUGAAAUAAAAAAAGAUAUGCUAUCGGCUGGUGUCACUCCCAACAUUGUCACUUGGUCUUCAUUGAUCAGCGCCUGUGCCAAUGCAGGCGUGGUAGACCAAGCUAUUCAGUUAUUUGAAGAGAUGCUUCAGGCUGGUUGCGAACCUAAUUCACAAUGUUACAACAUUCUUCUUCAUGCGUGCGUUGAAGCCUGCCAAUAUGAUAGGGCCUUUCGGUUAUUCAGGUCCUGGAAGGAAAAUGCACUGCAGAAGGACAAGUGUGAAGAUUAUGGUGGCAAGACGGACAACAAUAUUGAUCUCUCCCCCACACUUGUGGUUUCUGCUAGUAUACCCACCCGCACUUCUGCUUCCUCUCACAGACAUAUCUCUACAAGGGUUCCAUUUAUCCCUACUACUUCUACCUAUAAUAUUCUGAUGAAGGCCUGUGGGAGUGAUUACUACCGAGCGAAAGCUUUGAUGGAAGAGAUGAAGGAAGUAGGUCUUUCUCCUAACCAUAUAACCUGGACUAUUUUGAUUGACAUCUGUGGAGGCUCAGGAAAUGUGGAGGGUGCUCUGCAGAUUUUGAGAGUAAUGCGAGAGGCUGGUAUUCAACCUGACGUGGUAACCUAUACAACAAUCAUCAAGGUUUGCGUGGAAAAUAAAGAUUUCAAGAGUGCAUUUUCAUUAUUUGCAGCAAUGAAGAGAUAUCAGAUAAAACCAAAUAUGGUCACAUAUAAUACACUUCUUAGAGCUCGUAGCCGAUAUGGAUCUUUGCAGGAGGUACAACAAUGCUUAGCUAUAUAUCAAGAUAUGCGGAAAGCAGGGUAUAAACCCAACGAUUACUAUCUCAAGCAAUUAAUUGAGCAGUGGUGUGAAGGCGUAAUCCAGAAUGCCAGUCAGAGGAAAUACAACUUCAGCACUCGUAAUAGAACUGAUUUAGGGCCUCAAAGUAUGAUUCUGGAGAAAGUUGCAGAACACUUGCAGAAGGACAGUGCAAACAGCAUCUCCAUUAAUCUCCGAGGGCUUACUAAGGUUGAAGCUAGGAUUGUGGUUCUUGCGGUUUUGAGAAUGAUCAGAGAGAAGUACACUGCAGGAGAUUCAAUCAAAGAUGAUGUGCAAAUCUUUCUAGGAGUCAAAGAAGUAGGUAUACGUGCUGUCAAACAAGAAAGUGUCGUUAAGGAAGCAAUAAUACAACUAUUGCAACAUGAUUUGGGACUUGAGGUAAUUUCAGCAGCAUCAAGAAUUGGAAAUGGGAUAAACCAUCCAGACAACAAGCAUUCAAACAUGGAAGAAAAUGCAGAAAGAGUUACUUUACGUGCAAGCAUGCACUCUCCAACAAGGAAACCAGUGGUUUUGCAGAAAAUGAGGAUAACUAAGGAGUCACUGCAAUCCUGGCUAACAAGAAGGUUAGAUGCUACUGUAGUGCAAUGAUAUACGAAACAUGAUAUGUAUAGAUUUAUACGAACUCUUUCUUUUCGUAGAGUUCUUUUUCAUCCCUUUAACAGCCGAAUAAACACUGUAUAUUCAAUGAUAUACCACAUGCUAAAAACUCCACAUUUUACCAUCAAAUAUAAACAAAAGUAACAAAAGAAAA